ACAAUAUUUCAUACUGUGAUUUAUUAUUGUGUAGUCUUUCUAUGACCGAGGACGUUGAUACUGGCGUUACGAAAAGCGAGACGGCUGUAAUGAUCGCACUAAAGGUACUACUGGUGCUCGCGUUUGUACAAGAAACUAAUUCAUGCUGGUGGUUUUGGCGGUGCAAUUGUCAAGUCGGCUCCUGGUCAUCGUGGUCAAGCUGUUCUAGCGAUUGUAACGGCCAUCAAAGAAGAUACCGGCCUAAAACAAGACAUGAAAGAAAUGGGGGCAAUUGCCCUCACAGUACAACAGAGAGUCGACCAUGCAACACGGGAAGAUGCCGUAAUGGAUACUGUAGAUAUGGCACUUGUCAAUGUCAGAUGGGCUGGAAGGGCACAUAUUGUGAUGUGGAGGUCGACGGGUGUGUAAAUGCACCCUGUCAGCAUAUCUGUACCAAUGCCGCCCAUGGUAGCUACACAUGUCAGUGCCGUACUUGCUACACUAAAGUUGGUACGCGUUGUGAUCUACGACAGUGCAAGAUUGGAGGUAGUUGCUAUCCCUUUGGUACAACGAACCCUAGCAACGCAUGCCAGGAAUGUAAUAGUAACAACCCCCACCAAUGGACAAUUAACAACAACCUUCCCUGCAGUGACAACAGCGUCAAGACGAAAGAUGAUCGUUGUGUUAGCGGUGCAUGUCGUGGUACACCUUACUUAUGCCUGCCGUGUGAAACCAAUGAUGGUCGAGGUUGUCCUUUGAAGAAUGGUCACUGUGUCAUUCAGCAAAAUGGGACGAGGAAUUGCUUUGCAAAUCAACAGCUGAAGCCCGGGAAUCCUUGUUACUGGUGUUACCAGUCCAAUAGCGUUAUAAAUUGGACACCCCAAAAUGGUCUUAAUUGUAACGAUGGUGAUAAAUGUACCCAUUCGGACAAAUGUUACGAUGGCAUUUGUGCUGGAAAACCUUUUAUGUGUGAUCCUGUCUGUCAGUCAUGCAAUGGCCGUGGAUGUAGCCAAAAACAGGGCUACGGUUUUGUCCGUGGAAACUGCACCUGUAAAAUUUUCGGGAAGGACUACUUUCACCAACAGUUAAAUCCUGCAAAUCAGUGCGAAUGGUGUGAUCUUUAUAGCACCUCUUUGGGAAAAUGGACCAGCCGUCCAGCUUUACCUUGUGACGAUGGUGACCCAUGCACAAAAAAUGAUAAAUGUACAAAAGGAAAAUGUACUGGUGAAAAAUAUAACUGUUCAUCUGUACAAAAAGACUGUGUUGAAGAAACCGUAUGUUUAGGAGAUGGAAGGUGUAAAGACAUCAUGAAACACACAAGUACGAUAUGCAGAGCAGCCAAUGACAGUUGCGACAAACCUGAAAGAUGCAAUGGUCAACUUGGUUCAUGCCCUGCAGCGGUUACAGAUCCCAUAACAAUUACAACUGGCACAGUUGACUUUCAGAACUCAGCUUACACUUCCUCUGCCUCGUACCAACACAACACCAAUGUCCUCUACUUUAAAGUCAGUGGUUUCAGCAUCAGCUGCGGACGUAUGACAUUCAAAUGGUAUUUACUAGACGGUUCAUCUGCUUGCAAUACUGCCACAAGCACCAAAGGACAGCUAUCAAAUACCAACAUAAAGCAGUCAAUUACUGGGCUGACUCUCCAAGAUACUAAAACCUACAAGCUAGCGAUACAAGCAGUGGACAUGAGAGGAGGCACACGACCAUUAGUAUGUACCAGUGCUAUAACCAUAGACACCUCUGUCCCACAAAAUGGCUGGGUACGAGAUGGUUCUACAGCAGAUAUCGACUACCAGUCUACUAAAACCAUAACAGCAAACUGGGGAGGGUUUACAACUAGGAACGGUGUCCAAAAAUACGAAUGGAAAGUCAGUUAUGUUGCUUUUGGUAGUAGUAACACGGUGGAACUUCUAUCCUUGACAAGUACAGGAGUAAGUACCAGUGCCUCCAAGGUCUUUAGUAAUAUUGCUGAUGGAUCAAGAAUCAAAGUGCUUGUUAGAGCGUAUACCAAGGCAGGUCUUUAUAGUGAACGCACAAGUGACGGAGUAGUUGUGGAUUUGUCUAAGCCAAUAGCAGCAAGAGUUUACGAUGGUUCUCAAACAGGUGUUGAUGUUAAGUAUGCUAAAUGGACCAACACAUUCAGUGUUAACUGGGCUUCCUUUACAGACCCUCACAGUGGAAUGUUGUACUAUGAAUGGGCUGUUAAACGAGAUGGAGCUGGUCUGAUAACAGCUUACACGAAAACUGCAUUGAACAGCUCUAGUUCAGCUUCUGGACUCGAUUUGGUUUCAGGAGAACGUUAUUGUGCUGUUGUGAAAGGUUACAAUAAGGCUAAACUGUUUAUUGAAUCAUCUUCGAACUGCGUUCUGAUAGAUCGUGAUCCUCCUCGUGCAGGRAGUGUAAACGAUGGCGAUGCAAAUGACAUCCAGCAUCAGUCCAAUGGUACAACUGUAUCAGUUAACUGGAAUGGCUUUAGUGACGGCAGCAAAGGUAGUGGUAUUGUAGGAUAUCAGUACAAGAUCACUGACAGUAGGAAUAAUGAUGUCAUAGGAUGGACUUCAGUUGGAAUGAAAACAUCAAUAAGCCAUAGUGGACUCUCCCUUAUAAGUGGAGUAAAGUACUUUGUUACUGUCAAAGCAGUUGACGCUGUUGGCCUAGCAACAGAAGUAAAGAGUAGUGGAGUCAUAGUGGAUACAACACGACCUGUGUUUACAGGCGAGGUGACGGUUAGAGGAGUCAAAGACUUCAUCAAUUCAACUGCGUGUGUGUAUGUAUCAAGUAAAACUAAUCUACAAGUAACUUGGAACGGGUUUUCGGAUGGUUCUAGUGAGCUGGAUCACUACGAAUGGGCAGUCAUUCCAGCAUCAAGAAAUGUUACUGCUAGAGAUUUUAGACAAGUGUCCGGAUCAGGUUUGACCACGCAUGCAUCGUUCUCAGGUCUCACCAUGGCAGAUGGAAGUACGUAUCGUGUGGUAAUACGUGCCUACAACCGUGUUUUCAUUUAUAAAGAUGCUUCUUCUGUUCUUGUCAUCCCCGAUUCUUCCCCGCCACAAGUUGGAGUUGUAUCUGAUGGUUCAAAUGCUGGCUCAGAUUUUGAUUACCAAGCAAGUCUUGCAUAUGUCAAAGCAGCAUGGACAGCAUUCAAAGAACCUCACACUGGCGUCAGACAAUAUUACUAUGCUGUUGGUAGCUGUAUCCAAGGCAACUAUCACGUGACGGACAAUGUGUUCAUUAAGGCGACGCCAGCAUCAUCUACGUCAUUCUUUCUUCAAAACCUUAAUCUAGUCAACGGCCAGCGAUACUGCACCAAAGUCAAAGCACAGAACAUGGCUGGACUCUUCAGCAAAGAGGUUUCUUCUGAUGGCUUUAUGGUUGAUGUUACAGUUCCUGUUACUCGUGAAGCACGGGUGAUCGAUGGUGUGACACAGACAGAUAUUGAUUAUCAGAGUAACGUGACAGAGAUGUCAGCAAGUUGGGAAGGUGUAAGUGAUCCUGAAUCAGGUAUCAAUUACUAUGAAUAUGGCAUCAGUAGGAACCGCGCUGGCGCUCCCGAUGUUGCACCUUUCAAGAAUAAUGGCUUACAGACAAAUGCUCGUGCGACUGGGCUGUUCUUACACGAAGAUGUCUACUAUUUCAUAGUUUGCGCAGUCAACAACGCUGGUUUAAGAAACUGUUUAAGAUCGGAUGGUGUUUUUAUCGACACUACACCACCAAGCAAGGGAAUCGUCAACGAUGGUGUCCUCGAACCAGAUCUAAAAUAUCAGUCCUCGUUGACCAGCAUGGCUGCAAACUGGGAAGGGAUAUGGGAUUUAGAAAGUCAGAUAGAGAGAUUUGAAUGGGCCAUCAAAGACAACAGCAGUGGUAAUCUUGCACUUCCUUUUACUGAUGUGGGUCUUGCUACACAUGUUAAAAACGACAACCCUCUUACGCUGAUAAACGGACGAACCUAUCAAGUACACUUGAAGAUCUAUAAUCAUGCUGGAGCUGUAAGACAAGUCACCUCAGAUGGUGUCACUGUCGAUAACACUUCUCCACAGCCAAGUACAAUAUAUCCAGGACUGCCUGGAGAUAGCAAGUGGAAUUACAACUGGAUUGACAAAGUCUUUUAUACCUCAAGUACUUCAGUUAUAUCUGCAUAUUGGAAAGCAUUUUAUGAGCCUGAGAGCGAGAUCUGGUACUACAAAUGGGCUAUCGGAACCUCUAAGUGUGGAACGCAGAUUCAGCCACUUAUCAACAUUGGGAGAUCCUUAAACGCCAGUGUUUCUACAGCAGAUCUUAAUGUCAGAUAUGGAAUAAAGUAUUAUAUUACUGUAACAGCACGUAAUAGGGCAAAGCUAGUAUCUGGUAGCUGCUCUGAGGCUUUUCUUUUAGAUAAAACUCCGCCUAUUCUUGGUUCAGUUAAAGUUGGUAAUCCUAAGAAACAUCAGAAAUACUUUGGGUCAAAAUCGAUUGACAUUUUUUGGAAGGACUUUGUAGAUCAUGAAAGCGGAAUCAGUUUUUGUGAAAUAUAUGUCAAUUCUUUGAACGAGUCAGUGAGACUUUUCAUUUACAAGUCAGAAAAUUCAUCUGGGAGGAUUUCUGUGACUCAUGAUAUAUUUUCGAAUGGGCAUGUGUAUAAAGUGGAUGUCAAAUGCUACAACAAAGCACAGCUGUUCGCAACACAGUCAUCUGAACCAUUCAUUAUUGAUUUGUCACCGCCUAUUUCUAAGGGACCUGUGCUUAUUGGGAUAUCCCGCAACGACAGCAUUCAGUAUCAAGCGGACAUUACAUCAGUAACAAUAAACUGGCCGUCUUUUGAAGACAAGGAAAGCCCUAUGAAAGGAUAUUGGAUUACUAUGGGAACAAAGCCGUUAGAUGAUGACGUCAUACCUAAAACGAGUGUUGGUAAAACAAACCAAGCUGUGAGAAACAAUUUACAUCUCAUACAUGGCAAGAUAUACUACGUUGCUGUUUAUGGAGUGAAUUUUGUUGGUCUAAAUUCAACAGUUCAAGCUCUCCCAUUGCUAAUUGAUGUCAGCCCACCUGUAGCAUCCAGCGGAAGUGUCAUAGAUSGUAAUGGUAAAGAAGAAAAAGAUUUUUUUAAUCCACAAGAGCCAAUCAGUGCACACUGGGAAGGCAUACACGAUCCCGAAAGUGGAAUCCUGAGUAGUCACUUCUGCAUUGGCACAAGGCCAUUUGGAUGUCAAAUCCAAAUACCAACAAACUUAGCGAGGAAAACAUACUUUGUUUGCGAUGAUUGUAAAGUCAAUCCGAGWGAACGUGUUUACGUGACAGUUGAAGUUACAAAUGGCGCUGGAUUAUCAGUAACCAAAGCGUCWAAUGGGAUGUUACUAGAUUCUACUCCGCCAAUAAUAAGUGAUGUAAUGGAUGGUAACGACGUUUAUUUUACUGACGUUGAUACAGCAUUAGAGACCUGGGACGUCUCUGCAUGGUGGAAAGGAGUAGAAGACAUGGAAAGUGGUAUUACAAAAUGCAUGUGGCAGAUCGUGGAUGAGAAAAACAACGACUUUUUUUCACUUAACAUGACGUCGUAUUCCAAACUUGGAAUGAAGCAGGUUCUAACUGCUAAUCGAUCAUAUAAUUCUUUACCUUUCAAGAAAAACAUUGUCUACUACAACAAGAUCGUAUGUAGCAAUGGUGCAAGGCUAAAUGCUGUGUCUCGUUCUGAUGGAUUCCGUGUCGCKUCUGAGUGGCCCAUACCUGCUUCUGUUCGGGACGGGUAURCGAAGAAAAAAGAUCUUUAUUACAUUACRAGUACGAAAGACGUUGGGGCAAACUGGGACGCCUUYARAGCUGAUCAAMRCGACCCUGUCAUCGAAUACUUGUGGGCGAUWGGAACAACGCCUGGUAGUGAAGAUGUGAUGAAGUACAAGAGUGSAGGAUUGAGUCUACACGAUAAGGUAACCUUGGCAGCUGAUGAACCUGACCUUGACRUAYUAAAUACKGGACAGAAGUAUUACAUCACAGUCAAAGCAGUAUCURCUAGUGGAAUGACCUCRACUCRAUCAUCUAAUGGUUUUACUGUAGACAUUACACCACCAGUCAAAUCAGAUGUUGMCGUCACAUUCGUUGUUUCUGACCAAUYAGCARGCRAGGUCGAUYUGCGCAUUGRUUGGUMAGGUGUUAGUGACAACGAGAGUGACAUAAUGGAUUCRGAAUACUGUGUUGGAACAACACCUGGUAACUGUUUAACAGAAARGUAUUCUGYUGGRSRUGAAACUAUAGCGGUACUGUCGUCRUUUACACCWAUUUCAUUAGCCAAUUACUACGCUUUGGUGAUCGUGCGAAACAAGGCAGGUCUUGCUUCAGUCUUGACGUCGAGGAAAAUAAUCAUAGAUACAUCACCUCCGUCACGUGGUCAAGUGAUUGACGGKACUGGACGUGAUGUAGAUUUCAUGAACGUAACAAACACUAUGUCCUCUCAGUGGGCCGGGUUUGAAGACAGRGAUACUAAUGUCAAGAACUGCAAGUGGAAGCUGAUACAGCAAUCUGUUUCAAGUGAUGGGUCUUAUUUCGGUAAUGACAGUAUAGURUUUGAAGAAACWGUCARCUCACGAGGAAGUGAAACUCGUCAUGGAUUAAGCCUCAGUCCUGGAUCUCGGUACCUGAACCAGRUCACCUGUGSUAAUCGAGACGGUUUUACUGUUACAUCGGUGUCCAAUGGUGUCAUUAUUGAUGUUACUCCACCCACAUCAGGAACUGUAGUUGAUGGAGAWGAUKUCUCCAACGACAUYGAUUUCAUGUCUGGAGKCACUGAAGUCAAAACAAUAUGGCGUGGAUUCAAGGAUGACGAAAGUGGUAUUAUGGGWUAUCGAUGGGCAUUAGGAACCUCUCCUGGGAAAGAUGACGUCGUUGGAUUYCGUGACGUAGGCAAGCAAAGACAAGGGUUUGCARCAAAUGUUAGUCUCUCUCCCAUUGGUGCAUAUUAUGUUACUGUAGAAGCAAAGAAUCAAGCAGGGAUGACGUCACAGGGAUGGUCUGAUGGGUUCGUGGUCGACGUCACUCCACCUGAAAUUUUGCAGCUCACACGUGGUAGCAAGGCUUGGAUUGGCCCUGACGAUAGGAUCUCUGCAACCUGGCAGUCACGUGAUCCGGAGACCUCGGUUAAGAACACUGAAUACUGUUUUGGUACCACCCCCAACGGAUGUCAAAUCCAACCAAUGAAAUCACUUAAAAGAAACAGUACACAAGUCACGUGUACUGAGUGCAAGUUGAGUCACUCAGUCAAAUAUUACGUGACRAUAAGAGUAUGGAAUCAAGCUGGACUCUAUUCUAUCGACACAACAGAGGGAGUSCAGGCUGACUUGACCCCACCCCUCCCCGGACAGGUUAUACCUCGUGAUGACAUUAUCCCCUGUGUACAGAAYUGUUCUUUAUCAACCAACUCCAGUGGCUUCAUUGACCCAGAAAGUGGUUUAGAUAUUUGUCAGUUUGCGAUACGUACGAACAGYUCMCAGUAUGUCGUACCCUUUACUAACUUCACUCAGCUUACAUACGUCCAAGCCAGUGGUCUUACUCUCAUGCCAGGUCAGCGGUACUACACUAUUGUAAGAUGCGUUAAUAAUGUUGGGCUUUCUACAAACGCAACCUCUGAUGGUGUCCUGGUCGAUGUGACUCCACCGAACAAGGGUGUAGUGAUCGUCAGUCCUGACCGAACACACGAUGUCUACGGUAUUCAUUCCAGUUGUCAUCUUUACAACKCAACAAUGCGCAUUCAUUGGUCAGGGUUUUAUGACACCGAGUCCAGCAUUACUGGMUUCCGAGUCGCUGCCGGCAGACAAGCAAAUGUUACUAACAUUCUCUCAUUUAUUGAUGUUGGUAUAACAACAAGCUUUUUCCUAGACAUYGGACCAAGUGAAGGUUUAUUUUCUGGUGACAUUGUCUAUAUCUUUGUUGAGGCUCGUAAUGCUGCAGGCCUAACAACACGGGCUGUGUCAUCACCUACGAGGCUUGUGGCAGCCGACAACGAACAAUAUUCACAAGAAGGAGACUUCUUCUGCUUGGAUGUCUAAUUCUUUAUUCAAAGGCAAACGAAGAAUUCCUUCAGUUACGAGUUUCUUGGGACCGUGUAUUCAUGUGUAAUUGGCCACUUUWAAAACGAGUGAAGGACUGGGAACGAGUAUAUAGAAGGUAUUAAUAUGAAUUAAUCUUAUCAAAAAAUAUUUCCAUGACGAGAAAGAGCACAUCAAAACUAACAGGUUUCUGCAGUUUGGCUUCGAGUGGCUAAAUAACAGCUAAAUUAUAAGCAAUUUUUUGAGAGGUUUGGGAGGUUGCUACAGAAAAGGGAUGAAAUCCAAAAUCUUGGAAUUCCAGAAAUUUACUAAUUUCGAUUUAACUAGAUUAAUUCUAAAGACUCGUUCCUAGUCCUAAACUAUUUUCUAAAGUGGACAAUAUACAUGCGCAUCAGCAUGUUGAUAUAUAAUAACAAAAGYUUCUCAUUAUUCACCAGAUUUAGACCUCCAUUUAUUAGUUUUGUUUUGGCCAGCAUAUUAACUUGUAAAACGCAYUCGAACAGCAAAGAGUGUAGAUACRACGAUAAUUASUGUUUYGCAAAUUUUUGUUUUUUAAUUUAUCGCUUUUAUUAUAAACUACAAGGUAGUAGGAGUACAGUUGACUAGUMGGAAAUGGUUAAACUCGCAAUGACUAGACAKAGGYAUUACUUUUGGAACUUGACACACGAAUCAGAUGCAUACAGCGUKGACUAGCGUGGGUAUAAACAAAACGGCAUAAGAGGAACGACAAACAAAAGAUGUUUGCACUCAAGCUACACCACAUUUCACUAUGUUCGCUUAGUUAUCAGAAAAGGUCUAUUUGUCAGUCAAUCGGAAGAGGUUACAUUUUGCAUCUUAUUAUUAUACUCACAGUCAGRCCYUUGUAAUUGWUCUAAAGAUAUAUUGCAAAAGUCGCACACACUUUCGAAAGAACGACGAGUAUAGCUUGUUGGCAUUUUCUAUUUCAGACCACGUGUUAUUCCCUAGAGUAUCAUUUCUUUGUUUAACGGCUGUGCAUGAGAAGGAUCUGAAUCUUAUUUUCAGAAGAAUGACACGUUGUCUGAAAUGGGAGGUCUAUUCCUCUAUUUGCUCUUGCAUUUGAUAGAGGCAUGCGUCACCUUUUGUGUUAACUCUACAUAAAAUAAAAUUACUGAUCACUAAUCCUGGCAUUAUCCUAGCAUUAUAGAUAUAUGUACAUAAAAUCUGCGAAUGUCUUAUGCUUGAAUGCACGAGGAGUCUAUCAGGUGCGUUAUAACAGGUAAUCAUUCAGAGGUCAACAAAACCGAUCGAGCAAAGCCGGAGAGCAACAGAGACAA